AUCAAUGGACCUAUCACGAUUGGCUGCCGUGCCGAGACGCCGUCUCCCAUUGGCUAUAGCAAAGCAUGCAUAGGUGGAGCUUCGGCGCCCCGCGAGGCAGGUAGGGAGAGGUCUUGCCCGCUUGCUUGCUGGCGGCGGCGGCGAGUCAACAAGGAGCGUGAGAACAUGGCGUCGAGCAAGAAGAGUGCUGGGAGCGGCAGGUUCGACAAAGGUGUCAACGGGAGACGUUCGUCUAAACAGAAAGAGGCUCCAGUGGUGAUGGACACCAAGGCGGUUUUUGUGGCCCUGUACAACGUGUGCGAGGAGAAUGCCACCUACUUCUCGGGGGGGGCCAAAGGGCCGCAGAACGACACGGCCCGGUUGCUGGUGGACACGAUGAAGCUGAUCCAGGAACACGCCCGCAGCCUGGAACCCGUCAUCUCGGGCUUUGCCGCGGUCUACCACCAUUUUGACUUCGACCCGCACAUACCGGCCAACGGCUAUCGCUCUCUCGUCAAGGUGGUGCGUUGCUGCCUCCUUCACAUCAUCCACAAGGGCCGCUACAUCACCGCCAACCGCCGCAGCAUCUUCUUCCGUAUGGCCCACAACGCCGGCGAGAUGGAGGCCUACUGCAACGCCCUGUGCCAGCUGCGGGCGCUGCUCUACCUGGCCCAGCGCAUGUUGCACGACAACGGCCACGGGAACCUUUUCUUCCACGACGAGAGCGGCCUCAGCGAGAUCUUCGUGCGGGAAUACAGCUCCAUGCACAAGGGCUGCUUCUACGGCCGCUGCUUGGGCUUUCAGUUCUGCCCCGGUAUCCGGCCGUCCCUGCAGACCAUCGCCAUCGGCCUUGUGGCCUUUGGAGAAAACUACAGGCCCCAUCAGUCUGGAAUAGUGGAGGCAGGAGGUAUUGCGCCAUAUGGUGUAGCAGCUAGCUCCUUCUUUACGUCGGGCAAGUACGCCAUCGACCCCGAGUUGAGAGGGGCCGAAUUUGAGCGCAUCACUCAGAACCUCGACGUCCAUUUCUGGAAGACAUUCUGGAACGUCACAGAGACCGAAGUGCUCUCGAGUCUGGCCAGUAUGACAUCAGUCCCGGUCAAGGUGAACCGAAUGCUCUCCGUGCCUCCCGUGCCCUUCGACCUCCCGCUGGCAGCCAAUCACCAAGCCUCGGUGACCAUACCGCCGCCGUCGGCUCACAUCGGCACCGCUCCGGUUCAGAUGAGACUCAUCUCGUACGACCUACGGGAAGGACAGGACAGCGAGACCCUGCUGUCGCUCACCCGCUCCGAUGCGGGUGCCAAAUCACUCUCGUUGGGGCUGAAGACCAAGCGGCUGCCCUCAUCCCCUUGCCUGCUCAUCCACUUCCAUGGCGGAGGCUUUGUGGCUCAGACCUCCAAAUCCCACGAGCCCUAUCUGAAGAGCUGGUCCCAGGACCUGGGCGUCCCCAUUCUGUCAGUGGACUACUCGCUGGCCCCCGAGGCCCCUUUUCCACGGGCCCUGGAGGAGUGCUUCUAUGCGUACUGCUGGGCUUUGAGGAACCACCACCUGCUAGGCUGGACCGGGGAGAAAGUCUGCCUGGCAGGCGACAGCGCCGGGGGCAACCUGUGCGUGACCACGUCCAUGCGCGCCGCCGCCUACGGCGUACGCAUGCCGGACGGCCUCUUGGCCAUCUACCCGGCCACUCUUCUCACUGCCUACGCCUCGCCGUCCCGUCUGCUCACCCUCAUCGACCCCAUGCUGCCGCUCAGCGUGCUCUCCAGAUGCCUCAACGCCUACUCAGGCAAUGAGCCGCAGACGGAGAAGCAGGUGGAGAAGGUGAGCACACUCGGCAUGGUGAGGAGGGACACUGCGCUGAUGCUCCGAGACUUCCGGCAGGGCGCGUCCAACUGGAUCCAUUCUCUGCUGGACUCCAACAGAGCCGCCAACCCGCCCAGAACGCAACCGGAAGCCACGGACGCGGUGAGGACGAGCGUGUCCGAGGCGUCCAUCUCUUCUCCUCACGUGGACCCGCCGAGGCCUUCGGAGCCCACGGAAUUUCUCGCCGGCAAGUUACCUGUGAAGAGCCAGACGUGCCAGGACCUCGGAGCUGAUAAUUCCACCUCUCACUAUGCGCCGCUUGCGUCUGAGCGCGCUCCCGAAGAAGUCCACUUCUCCAUCUCCACCGACACUCCUUCGUCUGUGCACUCCGACCUGUCUUUGUUGGCCAUACCGCCCCCUGGUGGCGAGGAGGGCUCGGAGUUCCCGCAGGGCUUUGAGCCGCUGCGCUCGGAGCAGCUGUCCGAGAUGAAGCUGCACAGUUCGCCGGUGGUCAAGGACCCCUUCUGUUCGCCCCUUUUGGCCCCCGACAGCAUGCUGAAGGCUCUGCCGCCCGUGCACAUUGUGGCGUGCGCUCUGGACCCCAUGCUGGACGACUCGGUGAUGUUCGCCAAGCGCCUACGGGCCGUCGGCAAGCCCGUCACCCUCUGCAUAGUGGACGACCUCCCCCACGGCUUCCUCAGCCUGUCGCAGCUUUCCCGGGAGACCAGGGAGGCGGCCAACGUGUGCGCCGAGCGGAUCCGUGCCGUCUUCACGGAGGAGGAGACGCCGCUGCCGCCUGAGCCGCGAAAGCACCGCAAACUAGAACGGACCGACAGGGGCAGCGCCGCCGCCGCCCUGCUUGUCCGGGGUGAGCUGGAUGAGGGGCUCGGGACUAAAAUGGCUGAAACAGACGGCUUUGUUACUAUCACCCAAAAUGGCGUCGAGGGCGUCGGCGCUUAGGAGAGACACGAUUAGGCAAGGUGAUGCUGAGACCACAAAGAGGAAGUAACCCUCCCUCUGCUUUGAAAACCGGACGGCGGUCCUGUAUGAAUGCCGUCUCGCAUCCAUUAUACGAUGCUUCACGCUUUUUAAGGAAAUAUAAUGUAGCAAACCAAUCUAUUUGACAUAGAUCAGGCACCUGGACUGGAAUGAAAAUCCUCAUUCCAAUCUGAACGGCCCCUGUUGUCCCGUCGGAGACUCUCUCCACAGCAGAAGAAGACGCCAAAAUCAAUACCCUUCUGUUCGACAAGACUUUGGUCUGACCGCAGAAACCGCAAACGGGCGUUCUUCCACCAAUAACGGAAGACUGGUUCCGAAAGCAGAGCAGCAAAUUGGGUGAGUUCACCAGUGGCCAUCUCUAUUACUGUGGAUCCUCGAAAGGGGGGAGUUCAACCCAUCUUCCAAUCAUCUUGAAAUCAAAUUUCACCAGACGUUGGCCUAAUAAACAGAGACAAUCAUGGAAAAGUAUCCAUGAUGAUCGACAUUGUACAGUCGGCUAGGAACCGGGCUUGACUGUAAAUGGUGAAAAGCAGCAAAAAAAAUUCAUACUCUGUCCUUGCGCCCUCAUUUUUUUGUGGAUUUAUUGCAGUCAAAUUAAGAUUAAGAAAACCUUUAUUAGUCUCGCAAUGGAGAAAUUCCAGAUUCACAGCAGCAAAGUUAUGAAAGGAAGAAGUAGAACAACAAAAAAAUAGGAGCUGCUGGAAAGGCAGCCACUCUCGCGGCGCCAUUUUGAAGUCAAAAUAACAAAAAUAACACAAGACAACACAUAGGACGGAGACAGUCGUGCAAUCUUCACCACUUUUCUGCAUACACUUUGUUGUCUGAAGCAGUUAUAGAUGAAAGAGGAGAGGAUCAAAGUGUCCUUUCACCAGUGGAUCAGAGACAUCAUGCUGAAAAAUGUGCACACGUCUGCUACAAGCAAAGUUUUGAAAGCAAACACGAAGCUGUAGCGUCCAUUGACGAAAAGAGAUGAGUUCACUUCUCCUGUCCCACAUAAUCCGCUUCAAACUCCAAGCCGCGACUCCCAGCUCCAAAUCCGCAUCGGCAUUCCGCGCCAACGCUCCUUUCUUCUCAUCGUCGGCUCCUCAAGACCUCCAUCCAUCCAGCCGCAGACCGUUCAACAGCACCGAUCUCUCCGCUGAACAAAGCGGGGCUGUGAAAAAUGCUGCCCAUUACAGGCGCAAGACACAAGCGCCCCGGGACUGUCCAACAACGACAGUCAAAUGGCGCCGACAUUCCUCCAGUCAAAAACAGUGCUGGUAUACCCAUGCUGCCGAGAAGGCGCAACCCCCAAGCACAGAGUCUCCUCUUUGAUGAAUGUCGUGGCCAAAAAAUGCUGAAAAAGGUCCACAUCAAGUCCACACGACGUAACAACAAACACAAAGUGACAAAAGAAACACAAGAACAACAAAAAAAGCAAGGCUCAUGAGAGCACUUGCUGACGGCUGCCUACUCGGGCGCCAUCAUGACUUCCUAAAUGGUGCUUAGAAUGAUGCUGUUUCUUCAGUGCUGCUGCGCCACAGACCGCGUUCGUACUUGCCCUGCAGGUUUCAAAUGCGGUACAGAUGCAAAUACACUAGUUAGCAAGCAACAAUUCACAGCCCUCCUGACACUCCCAGCACACGCAUACUCCUCUAUAUUGACGGCAGCAAAUGAGUUUUGGUUAGAUGUGAACCUUCCUCAUCUAACUAAAAAGUUUGACUUUUUAGUUUAAAAUGGCUUCCCGUGACUAUAAUCCCACGUUGCCAAGUGGCCAAAGGUAGAAUCGCGGUCGGAUUUCGCCUUUGUAAAGAGUAAAUCCUUGUAGUGCAUGCUCCGAGCUAGCCGCAGUUGCCAUGACUAGUACUUUGUCUUUUAGUUGUUCCUCUGCUUCUAUUUCUUCUAUUUUUUGGGGGGGCAGUUGGCAAAUACGUUUGGUGCUUCUUUAGCAUAUAAAGAAGAAGGGCACCUGUUGCAAUGCAUGAGAGCUAAUCUACUUUUUCUUCUUCCAUUUCUUUUUCUCUUGGCAGUUGGCAAAUAUUUUGGGUGCAUUACCGUCAGUGUCAAGAAGGUGGCGGUAAUUCACUCAAAAGUCAACACAGUUUGCAAAUAAGGAUUUUGGGUGCCCGUCCAACUUCCAAGUAUUAUUUUCAAAAGAUGCUAAUCACAUCUGAAAUAUAAAUCACAGGACCAGCCAAACUAUUAAAAAAAGUGUGACCUAUAGCCUGAAAAAUAUGAUAAUAAACCAUGAUCAUAAAUGUAUUCGUACAAGGCCUUUACACUUAGUUACACUUAAUCUGUUUAUCUCAGGCGUGGGCACAGGACCAAAUUUUAAAUCACUCCAUUGCCCUCUGUAUUAGCGGACGUUGCGCUUCAAUGUCACUUCCGAAAGUGAUUUCAGCUAAAUUAGCACCGCUCUUAUGUUGAUGAAUUAUUCCGUGAAAUCUUAGUCCAGCAACGCAGUAUUUGCUCCAGAGUUCCGUGUUUUGGUUGGGGCUGGCACAUACAAUGUAUUGUUGCUUUAAGAAUGUUCGGCUUUAGUUCCCCUUUGAGGAGCAUUUAGUAUUUUCACCCGAUGUGCAAAUAUCCUCCCCUCCGAGGGGGAUUUUCAGCAGCAAAAUCGGACAGAUGGAUUAGCGCCACAUUUUGCUGUCAGAUGGUUGAGGAAAAUCAACGUGGUUGAAUAGGAAGACGGACGGCCGAGCUCAUCCUCUACGCCGCGUCUGGCUCGACUUUGCUCUGUGCACUUUUGCUGUAGUUUGUAUGCGUGUGUGUCAAUGUUUUUAUUUUGUUGGGGGUGGGGUUUGUUUAUUCGUCUUCGCCUGAUGCCUGGAACGCAGCAUCCAUUUCAAGCGAUCACGAGGUUGAACUCGCACUUUAAUCAUCUGCUGCUCAAACCACCGUGUGGAGGUUCCAAACGUUUUUAAGCCAGCCGCUCUUACGCAGAGAUCCAGAGAGAGCUGGCCCUGUAAACCCGGAAUUUAGCCACAGUCAAAUAAAUGAUUAGGUGGCGCCAACGCCGCAGCCUUUUAUGAUCUAUGAAUCAAUUGAUUUGUUAUGUCUUUCAACAGACCAGAGUAGGAGAAGUGAAUGUCGACUUUUAAAUUUCACACGGAACCCAAUAAAGGCGGGGUAUUGGCGCAAUUGUGCUUUCACAAGGGGACGUGAUCGCGAUCAGAUCAUGAAGCCAGACGAAACAAUUGCUUUCAACACAACGGAGCGGGAGAAGUCUGCGCGUGUCUGGUUAGCCAAUUAGGAAAUUGCUGCGUUGUCAGUUGUUACAGAAUUUGCAACGGCAUCAUUUGAACAGUCAUAGGAUGCAGUUGAUUAUCCUCCAUUCGAGUUUUGUCAUUGAACACUCCUUUUUACACACUUAAGUUUUUUUUUUUUUUUAAUGGAUUCAUUCCUGUAGAAAUAUGCUGGAACAUUACGAUGAUGUCAAUGUUAUGCUGCUGCUCCACAGACGGGCUCAAACAGUCGUCAUGUUUCAGCCUUCACGGCGACAUGCUGGCUCACUCACUUUGUACUUUUUUUUUUUUUUGUGCAAAACUUGCAGUUGACCAACUUUGAUUAGGGAUCAGCAAACUUGAGUCCAAGUUUGAGACGGGCACAUUUCAAAAAGAUUUAUCGAAGUGACCCAAGCUAUCUUGACCUUCUUGGCACACACGUCCUUGAAAAAUAAUUGGAGUUGGAGUUUUUGACUGGAAAAGGGCCGCUUUGCCAGUUUGAUUCCCGGACGUUUCUUCAGCCAGCAUGUUGUAAGGAUUUCAAAUCCGCAGGAUUCAUGAGUUGGAAGUAAUGGCACAGCUUUGCCCCAAACUUAUUCAGAUCACGGCCAUUCUUGCUUGGUUGCAGGAUUACAAGACAGCUCAUAUUUUGUAUUGGUAGGUCUUUUGCUUAAAAUACCAAACCAAAGAUGGCAGGUGACGACGCUGAGACCGUUUGUACUGUUCAUCUGUUCUCCAGCCAAUGUAGCUGCUAGUUGACUUGUAAUUGCACCAUGCUGUCAAAAUGCUAAUCAGAUGCAGUUAAACAAGCCAUGGACUGGAAACCUUCAUCCUUUAGGAAAACAUAAAGGAAAGAAGUCGAAUGUAUUUUUGUCCUUGUAAUGAUCCGUGUGGAUAUUUUUAUCGAAAGAGCUGUUUGUCAAAUGUGAUUCUUUGGCAGGGAUGAUCCACAAAUGGAGCGUUUGUUGAUUUCUAUCCCAAAUAAAUCUAUCCAACCAUGAA